AUGGCCUCAGGACUGGCGCGCAAAUACGAGAUCAACGCCGACAUGGGCGAAGGCUUCGGCCGCUGGAAGAUGGGUCCGGACGAGGAACUGAUGCCUUACAUCGACGCCGCCAACAUUGCGUGCGGAUACCACGCCGGCGACCCUACCAUUAUGCUCAAAACCGUUCGCCUGUGUAAGAAGCACGGCGUCAAGGCCGGAGCGCACCCAGGAUUACAAGACAUGUUCGGCUUCGGCCGGAGGAAGAUCGAGAUUGACCCCAAAGACAUGUACGCCAUGGUAUUGUACCAAGUCGGCGCUCUCAAGGCCAUACUCAACUCGGAAGGAGUCGAGCUGUCACAUAUCAAGCCUCAUGGGGAGCUCUUCUUCUAUAUGCAAAGGGACGAGACCAUCAUGAGAGCCGUCCUGGAAGCUUGCGCCACGUUUGGGGACAACAUCCCAGUAUUUGCAUCGCAAAACGCCACACAAGAAGCCAUGUGUAAGGAACUCGGCAUCCCGUUCCAAGGGGAAGUCUACGUUGACAUCGACUACUCUCCAGAGGGGAAGCUCAUCCCGGUGGCACAGUCUAAGGUGGCCACGCCAGAGCUGUGUUACGAGAGGGCACUAUCUGCAUCACUCAAGGAUGAAGGCAAAGACAACAGCGGCGGCAUCUUUAGCUUUGGGUUUGCCGGAAAGCCGUUUAGCAUCUGCGUGCAUUCUGACCAUCCGACGGUACUUCAAAAUGUCACCGGUGUACGUAAGGCAGUCAAUGAGGCGAACAGGCAGAGGUUUCCUACUGCUUCAGACUAG